AUGCAGUCAGGAAUUUCAUGGUUGCAAGCAUGGCAUGCCGAGGAUGGUCUGCGAGUCGGAUGUUUGCCCUGCUACCGCUACCUGCAGCAGUGCCCAGAUGUUCCAUCCGAUUGCCGUUUGAUAGAGAGCACAUAUGCCAAUUUCGAAUUGGCGUCUGUAUCGUCUCUGAAACCAAGCAACCUGCGGCGUCAUGCGGAUAGCCCGGGUCAUGCGCUGGCUUUGGCAAUUUAUGAAGGCAAAACCCCUCCGACCGAGGAGUUGGCUCCACCGGCCAGUUCUUGGAGAUCUUUGUGGGCAUUGUUGCGCAAGAAACGCCAGACAGAAACACCGGCAACCGAGGCUUUGGGUAGAGGGAAAGUGAGACUUAUGUUGUGUUGUCUUGCCGAAGCAAUUCGCCAGCGACACAGAGAGCACCUUCGUGCGGCAACUUGUGUGACGCUGUCCAUGGAUGUAGCGAAGACCCGGCUGCUGGUUCGUUUUUCUGCGGUGACUGCAGAGCUGGUUGUUCGGAGAGGUGUGCUGGGCAUGCGCCGCAGCAAGGAGACUGGGCACCAGAAUAUUCUGGGUCUGCUAAAAUCCAUUCUAGCAAAUGCUGCCACCAGCCUUUGUGGAGCACCUCUUAAUGGGGACUCCCCAGUCAAGGAGGAGCCAUGGCUUGAUCACGACCUGUAUGAGCAUCUUCGUUCCAUCACAGUUGUAUGGAAUUCUGAUGCAGCUGGCGAUGAGAUGCUCGCUGCUCAGGAGAGUCAGCGUACUCCAGCGUCCUUGGAUGACCUGCUGCCGCUAUUCCCAAAUCUAACCUUUGUUAAUCGAGACAAAGCUCAUGCCUCUCGUAGGGUGGCACAGCGCCCAUGGACGGCGGCGCCAGAACUGACGGAGAUUUUCAAGAUCUUCUGUUCUUGGUUUAAGACUAUCCAGUUCUCUCCACUGCUCCAGGGGUGGUAUGAGCACUUCCAAGCCGAAGCAGAGGAGGAGCAACUGAUUAAGGUCCAGAGCUCUCUCUCCCACGCUGCCCAUCGCUUCGACUCGACAAGCAAACCUUUCGCUAUCUGUGCCCUGACAUUUCGGAGUGUGCUUUUGACAGCAAUCAAGGCGUGGACGCAACGGAAGAACGACCCGCAGGGAAAGGCAGCGUAUCCAUUCUUGGAUUUCAUGAGCGGGCCAGAGGGGGCUUCCCGCAUGGUUCUGGCGGGCAUGCUUGCCGAUGCCAUGGACGAGGCAAUGCAGCUGACGCGUGCUUUCGACAGGGAAGCCAUCGAUACUGCCCUGCUUCACUCGCAUCUGCAGCGAUUUCUGAAGAAUACAGCGACUCUUUUCAUUGCAGAACGAUGUGUCGACACCGGCUUCACCAGCUUGAUGCUACAGCAUGCGAAGACACAGUCCAUCUGGAUCGAUAAAAAUCAUACAAGAACGAUUGGGGUCCAUGGGGGUCUGUCGGCUGCAGUGCUCGCGCAGAACUUGAAGCACAUGGCCGCAUGGACCGGGCUGGCUUCCAAAGUCAUUGCAGCGGAAUUCCCAUCGUUCGACCUGAUGUGCUGCUUCCGCGUUCUUGCCCUUUCCGGCAUGGGGGGUGGGGAUGCUUCCAGGGAGCAGCUGUGCAAGGAAAGAGCAGACAUGCACACAGAGGACCUGGCGCGUCUGUGUAGAGGCCUACAAAUCGACGUGGAUUGUUGCCGCUAUGAGUUCACAAUGCUGGUGGGAGUGGCUGAAGCACAGAAAGAGAUGCACCGCUGCACGAAUCUGGAAGCGUGGCAACAUGCGGUGCAAGUGACUCGUAGAUCCCGUGCGAGGUACCCGCUCGAUGGGCUAGGACCGCUACUGGAAGCAUACGCUGCGUGGGUCUGCAGUUCCUCCGGGGUUGAGCAAAAUUUCUCAGUGCGUGAUUGGUUAUCAUCCAAGCGUCGACCCAUUGCAGAGCAAAGGGAACUGGAUGAGCUACAAACUCAUGUUGAACACAUCGCCGAUGAAGAGAACCUUUUUCAGGAAGCCUCUCAAGUAUGGGCCCGCUUGUACGGCAAGCCCCGCGCUACAGGACAUCGUUUGCGGGGUUAUUUCAAGACGAGCAAGAUGCUUGCAGCGGAUGCACCGGUUGCGUUGAAAACUUGGCUAAGGGAGAGACGGUCGCAGGUUGAGGCAUUGCUCGCUGCAGAAAAUCCUACUGGAGAUGUGCAAGUGGAGAGUGUCGCAGGGGCAGCCCUGAGGCAGGCUGCAGAGAAAUGGACACCCAGGCAUGAUGCAGAAGCUCGCCGCCAGGACACGUUAUGUUUCGAGAAGCAAGUCGAUGCAGCACACCGCGGUCAUCUUCUGGAGCACGAGCUGACACCUGACCUUGAGUGGCAUGCUGACCACCUGGAGGAGGAGGAGAGUCGACGUCGUUGCCAGCGAGAGCAGGAAGCAGACAGGUUCGAAAGACGCAUGGCCCGUCCUGUGUUCUGCCUCUUUGGCAAGACUGUCUGCUUGCGGUUCCAGACACCCGACCCUUUGAUGGACAGGAUUCUUCUCCAGUACAACAUGCGUCGGGCUCAGCCGACAGAGGUGGUGGACUUGUUUGUGGUCCCCGACAUCGCGCGUGUUGGGCACGCAGUGCAGCUGCUGGCGUAUAUGUACGGCAGCAUGAUUGGCACACAGGAAUUCUUGCAGUCAGGGGGUUCCGCUGGCGCAGUGGCGGGCUAUCUGCCUGCCAUCGGUAUGAAGAAGCAUAUCUAUAUCUCUGAUGCUUUUGCAGCCUCCUAUCCUGCACUUGUAGCAGUACUGGAACAGGUCCUUCAAAUGCCCAAGUGCUCUUGGAAGGCAAUCGACACAUUGGCGGCGUGGUUGCGCCUGCAGCUUGAUCGGAAGGAAACUUCUAAGUACUUGGCUUUGGUGACAAAGGCCGAGAAAGAAAGUCAGAGGGCCCUAAAUGAGCACAAAUACUUCUUGACGCUUGAAGGGUUCCUGCAACACAUCCAGCGUCUGGAUUAUGACAGGACGGCCCUGGGAAUAGGUCAUUGA